GCAGUUAGUGAGAAGGUCUCGCUGAGAGCGGAUCACACAGGUCAGUCAGUCAGCCGGAGACGACUGUUGCCAGUGUUGCGUCAGCUGUUUCUCCACUAGGGGCCCCCGUCAGCUGCUCUCUCCACCUGGGCCCCCGUCAGCUGUUUCUCCACCAGGGGCCCCCCGUCAGCUGUUUCUCCACCUGGGCCCCCGUCAGCUGUUUCUCCACCUGGGCCCCCGUCAGCUGUUUCUCCACCAGGGGCCCCUCGUCAGCUGCUCUCUCCACCUGGGCCCCCGUCAGCUGUUUCUCCACCAGGGGCCCCUCGUCAGCUGCUCUCUCCACCUGGGCCACCGUCAGCUGUUUCUCCACCAAGGCCCCGUCAGCUGUUUCUCCACCUGGGCCCCCGUCAGCUGCUCUCUCCACCAGGGACCACUACCACUAGGGGCCGCCGCCUGCGCCAUAGGCAGGGACCCCCUACCAGUGUACAAUAACAAUGGAUUGGUUCAACAAGCUUUUUGGUUUCCGUGAGAGAUCCAAGGAAGAUGUUAACCCAUUUAGAAGACCUACUUGGGAGGAGAUUGUGGAGAAAGAAAAAUAUUCUAAUGGAAUGCCAAGAUCUGAUGAGCUGUUUUCCAGUGACUUGUACAGUGACCGCUCUUUCUUCAGCCCAGGAGACAGUGAAGAUUCCUUCUCUUCAGUAUUUCAUCAAAUGGAUGACAUGUUCAGGCAGCUCGACAUCAUGAUGAAAGGUUUUCAUGGUCACCCAGGCCAGAUGAUGAUUACUGACAUACCGGAUUCUGAAACUUCAGAGCGAAAGUCACCACGUGACUACCUGCUGAAAGUGCCAGACAGUGAUUCCCAGGAUGGCGUUGACCAGCCUUCAAAGCACACGCCACAGCACCCACACUCUCAUUACUUUGGAGGUGUUGGCCCAUAUCAUGGGCAUGCAGAAGAUAAUUAUCAAGAAGGCAAUAUCUACUUUGAUGAGUCUCACAGUUUUGGAGGAUUUGGACUCUUUGACCCUCAUGGCAUGAUUGAUAAUUUCUUCAAGAACUUUGGAUGGGGUCUUCAAGGAACGCCCUUUGGAGAAUUCCCAAAUCCUCACACACUGCCUGGUUCUGAUGAGGACCCCACUGAUCAUAAUGCAGGUUCUGCAGGGAAGAAAGAAGAUUUAGACCUUGAUGACAGGGUUACAGGAGGCCUCUCACAGUUGCUGAAAGAUGGGCCAAGUUACUCGUACGAGUCCUCACCUAGUCCAGGCUCCAAUCAUCCACUUGUUACACAACCAGAGACAACUCAGCCACAUUCAGGAGUCCAGCAGAGUUAUCGCUCUACGUCCAUUGUUAGAAUUCGGCGGCCUGAUGGGACAAUCGAGGAAACCAAAAAAUACGUGGAUAGCAGUGGUCGAGAGGAAGUGGUUGUGACGCACACUCAGCCUGAUGGCAGCAUCUCCAGCAGCUCCAGUCCUCUCGAGCCUGGGGAUUAUAGAGGAUCAAAUGGACUUGGACACUUUCCUUCUAUCUUCUCCUGGAUUUUCACAAGAUAAAUGCUCUGAUUUUUCUUUUGAUGCGUUGAGGCUUGGUUGGAGACGAAGACAGACCGGGAUCCUGUUAACCAUCAGCUGAUAGUCAGUAGGUGUCGUGCACUUUAAGGCAGUCAUUGAUCUUGCAUCUUACUUGACAGUAAGGUUGUGUGCCUCUCAUGCCAACACACUAUGCUGCUCCCACAUUUCUCCAGGGCUUAGUAUGUUCUCCAGAGAGUUCCAUUGCAUAUUCUUGACAAUAUUUUGCAUCCUACAGCAAGUCAUCUAUUGUUGGUAAAAUAAAAUUUGGCAUUCAGUAUAAAUCCACAAUAUGACUUUUGCAUUAAUAGUUAUUUAGAAUGUUGUUGAUUUGGUGCUUGAACUCUUGACAGAAAUAAGAUUGAAUUCCAAGUUGUUUAACAGAUGUUGAACUGUGUUUUUCUGUGUUUUCAAUUAUACCCUUAUUGCAAUGUUGAAAUGAUUUGGUGUUACAACAAUUCAGUCUAAUGCCAGCUCUGUCCUCUGACAACAUUCUCAUACCAAAACUUUUAUUGUGCUGUUCUAUGUUCAUAUUGUCUUUUCAGUAAAGUAACUAUAUCCUUUAGCUCUAAAUAUUGUUUUUCUCAUUACAGUAGCUUGCAUUGCAGUUAAGAUGAUAAAGUAAUACUUUCAGUUAUGUAAUAUGAAAGUAUAUUCAUAGCUUGUAUACAGUAUGUACAUAUUCGUGUGCUACGUUUGACUUUUUCCAGAUUUUGUAAGAGCUCUUUGUGUUUUCUCUGUAUAUAAUCUUCCCCACUGACUGUUGUUUGGUGUGUUUGUACAUAAGUAUUAUACAUUAUAUGUAUUAAUAAUGAUAAGAAUCUUAAGUCUAUUAAAAAAAAUUGGUCCAUACAUUGGUAAACAUUAAAAGACCUUCUGCACCCAUAAUUGUGAAGAACCUGUUUUGGUGAGGGGCUGAUAUAGUUUAAAGUGAAGGCUCAUUUGAGCACUGUACAACAUUCAAGACUUGCUUCUAUGCAUGCGGUUACUGUAAAAUGUUAUUGUUGAUCUUUAUAGCAUUUCAUUAAUUUUCUGGAUUCAAUGCAUAAAAAAAAACUGUGCAUCUUUCUUCACUGAUGAUUUAAGCUACAAUAAAUUAUGUUCAUUAUGACACUAGAGUCAUGACUCUGGGGGAGGAAAACAAGCAAAAGGUUGUCUUAUGGUGUACAUUACAUGUACGUAUUGUAACAAAAUAUGAACUGAGUGGCAUGAUGUUACUUUUGAACGUUUAAAGGGUGUUGCUUAGAAAUUGUAUAGAGAUAAUGUGAUAUGUUCCCUGGGCAACAAAGUGGUUUCCUUUUCAUAAAAAUUGUAUAAUUAGGUGGAUUGACGUUUCCAAGAAAAUACAUCGGCAACUUGACUUAUGUUUUGUUUGAUCAUAUUUUAUCCUUUUUUCCGUACACAGUCUCUUGUCCAAAGUAAUUUAUAAUGAGUAUUGCCCGUAUUUUGGUAUUACAUGUGAUUACGUUUAAUACAGUAAUAUAGUUUAAAUAAUUUUAUUAAUGACAUGCAAAUUACUUCAGUAAAUUAUUUAGGCAUCAAGUAUCUGAAAAGAUCAUGGGUUAUCAGAAAAACUUGCAUAAUUUGCAAAUUUAUAAUUGAGACGAACAUUUGCAAAUAAUUGUUUUUGGUUAAUACAGAUUUUCUGAUAAAACUUUGAAAUAAUCCAUACUCAUGGUAUUUCUGAUAUAUCAGCACGCAUGUCAUCUGCAAGUUACAACACAACAGAAAAUUGAUUAUGUACCAUAGGUGAAGAGUACAAAGGUGCUAGAUAUGGAAGAGAAAAGUUGAUCUAAAAUGUUAAUUUUAGUUAACCUGUUUAAAGUUAAUGUACCUGUUUUCUGUGAAGGUGAUAGAAAUGUGGAACUAAACUUGUACAGUAUUAACAGGUUUUAUAAGAAAAACCUAUGAGAGGACCUGAAAAUCCUGCCAUAUUUCUAUAUGUGGUUAUGGUCUAUUCGCUAUUUGUGCAUCGGUGUCAAACUUUAAAAUUGUUUGCGUACAGUACUUUGUUUAUGGAAGACACUUCUAAACACUGUAGCGAGGCCCUGAAUCAUCAGCAAAGUAGGGCUACAGUGUCCAAGCAAACUCUGCAAAACCUUAUUAUUGGCAGUGGGCGAUGUUAACUUAGGAAGUGUAUUUCAAAUCCUUGUUAGUGCAGUGAUUGUUGGAAGUUUGGUCAAGCCACUUUUGUCAAAAGGCAGAAGUUAUUGUCUCCUUUGUGGUGCAUCUGGAAACAUUGACUUGCGUGCUGAGCCCCAUCACCGUUGUAUUUACUGGGAAUGGUCACCUGACAUAAUCAUUCUUGUAACUAUUAUAAAUUUAAACAGUUCUUAAUUUGAGGCUUAAAGAAAAUCUUUUAUUUCAAGAGCUAGACAAGAGCUUGGGUAUCCAGGCCUUUUGCCUACCUGUACAUUUGCCCAAGCAACUCAAAUGACCAUCUUCGACUUUCAACCAUUCCCACCCUUAAUACUGUACAGUAUUGUACUAUGUUUUCCUUCCACUUGUAACCUAAUUUGCUUCCCCUCUCUUUAUUAAUUAUUUAUGAACCACAUGCACUAACCACUGCCUUGAGUUAUAGUGAACAUUGCAUUCCAACAGCAGUCACCUACAGGCCCCUAACCCUCCCAAAUUCAAUCUUAAUGCCUGUGACAGCCAAUAAUCAUUCUCCUGCCUUCCCCCUUUUCACAUUUCCUUCACAUUUAUCAUUUUGAUUUGCUGUUUAAUAGUAAAAAAACAACUAAUAACCAUAUAAAGGAUUGUCUUGCCAGCACUGCCAUGGUUUAUUCAUUGUUGCCAUUAUGCCAUGUUUGACAUGAAUUUGUUAAUAAAUGAUGACAACUCGUCAGUAUUAUAAGUUUUUAUUCAACAUUUCAUUCCAUUUAUGCAAGUCCUUCUAUUAACUCCAGUAAAUUAUUAGAGAAAGGAGGCAUAGAACAAAGAUGGAAAUAAGUUCAGGAAAACUCUGUAUACCAACAUACAUGGAAUGAGUUGGAAAAGUUAAAAAAUAGGUAUUAUACCUAGAACAGGUAUAAUACCCAGAUUACAAGAUGUCAUGUUGGGAGAAACAAAACUAAAGAGAAUUCUUAAUGAGGUGGCAUUUCCGAGGGGAUAUUCCACAUGUCGCUGGGUGAUGGAGAAAUGGUUGGGCACGAUUCCUUUUACCUGAUGUGUUUGUUCACCUGGCAGUAAAUUAGGUGCCCAGGGGUUAAGCAACUGUUGUGGGUUGCAUCCUGGGAAGAUAGGUAGUUGGACGUAUUGGGGGAAGGGGACUUCAUACAAGCCUAAGUACAGGCUUCUUGUCCCUGGCAAUGAGAGUUAUCAUUAUAUGCCAUCAAGAUCUAUAGGAAAGAUGUACAAAUUAUAAGGCUUAAGAUAAUAUUUUGCAUGUACUAAACUUGCGUUAUUCUUACGAAUAACACAUUAGCUGGUAGUAUUAAUCUUAAAAAUAAGGCCACGGAAUCGUAUUUCAGGAUGCAAGUCUACCCACCGUAGUUCUAUCAAAAGGUUUUGCUUAAAAUCAUAAAAAUUCAUCAAUGUUGUAUCGGCAACACAAACAUCUAGCCUCAUUCACAAUCAUCUGUGAUAAGUGAAAAAUGCUGUUAUUAAGCAUCUUACCCAGUAAGUCAUUUAUAAGGGUAUUUAUGAUUUAACGUUUUUAACAAAAUGUCAUUGUAUUACAUUAAAUAGUAUGCUAUAAAUGUAACAAUAUUUCUUUCUCUAUUCUCGCUGAUGACCCGAGCCUAUAUGUAAUUUGAAAAUGGGCUAUUGUAACUUACGGAUAAUAGUAAUAAAACCUUAUUCAUAAUAAUGUGCUGAUAAAGAACAAAACUUGCUAGACACUGUACCUGUUAAACAAUCUGAAUAUAUA